AUGCUACGCAAGACUGGCACGGGGACAUGGCUUCCCGCAUGGGUGCCAGAGUCCAGCGGUACUCUUGCGAUUCUACUCAUGUUAUGCUCCGUCGUUCAGUCCUUAACUGGCGGCUACGACGGCUCAAUGCUGAACGGACUCAACAUUUUGCCCGUGUACAAGGACUACUUCAACCUGACACCCGCCACAAGUGGUUUCAAUACGGGAUGUGUCUUCAUCGGCGGCGCUCUGGGCCCCAUUUUCGCGGGCGUCUGUGCUGACCGGUUUGGACGCCGCCCUGCGAUCUUUUAUGGUUCAAUCAUCACCUUCAUUGGCAUCAUCAUUCAGGCGGCUGCGCAGAACAUCGCCAUGUUUGGUAUCGCACGUAUCAUUCUUGGGUUCGGCUCCCAGAUCUCAGGCAUCGGCGGGGGCGUAUAUCUGUCCGAGACCUUCCCCAGCCGGUGGCGUGCGUGGGGUGUCGGCCUCUUGAAUGACUUUUACUAUGUUGGCGCACUGAUCGCGGCUGGGAUCACUCUUGGGACCGCCCAGUGGCAGUCGACCUGGGCGUGGCGGGCUCCUUCGCUCUUCCAAGGAAUCUUCUCCCUGAUGUGCAUUCUCAUACUACCCUUUAUUCCGGAGUCGCCGCGUUGGCUGGUGCACCGUGAACUAUACGAAGAUGCUAGGUUAUCGGUGGCGCAGACCAACUCGAGCGGAGACAUCUUCGACCCCGUCGCAGUCACGGUCUACAAGGAGAUCUUAGAUACCCUGGAGUGGGAGAAGAAACAAGGCCGCACCAUGAGCCCGAAGGAGAUCUUCAAGACUCCGGUAGCUCGAAAGCGCCUUUUGAUUGGCAUGUCAGCGGGACCCUUCUCUUGCUGUGUCGGUAACAUUAUUGCCUCUUAUUACCUUGGGCCAGAACUGGAAACUGCUGGCAUCAAAGAUCCCAACGAUCAACUCAAAGCGAACGUCGUACUCAAUGUCUGGUGUCUUGCUUGUGCUCUCGUAGGAACACACCUAGCUGCUAACUGGGGCCGAAAGCCCACCGCCAUUCUCUCACAAUGCCUCCUCAUCAUUUGUCUUUUUAUCAUCGGCGGACUGUCGAAGAUCUAUGCCGACAAUGAGAACGGCGCUUCGAAGAGCCUCAUCUACGGGGAUGUGGCUGUCAUGUUCCUCUUCCAGGGCUUCUAUUCCAUUGCCUGGACGCCAUUGCUAUAUCUCUACCCGCCUGAGGUCAUGAACUUCUCAAUCCGUGCCAACGGCCUAGCCUUUUCAACAUUUGGUCUGAGCUCUCUAGCGGUUGUGCUCGUCUUUGUCAUGCCGAUUGGCCUUGCAAAUCUCGGGUAUAAGAUGUACUUCAUCAACGGAUCGUGGGAUAUAAUCAUUUUAGUAUUGAUCGCUGUCUUCUGGGUAGAGACCAAGGGCAAAACUCUAGAAGAGAUUGACGCCAUAUUCGAAGGCGAGAAGCACUCCAACGUACCCGAUGUGGAGAAGGUCAGAAGAGGCCAGGAGACAGUGGAUGUCCAGGCAGUCGAAAAGGAGAUCGAACGAGACUUCUCCGCUCUCAAGAACGAACAAUAUGGCGACCACUGA